GACCUACUCAUACCGUUGAACACAGCUGAGUCAUAGAGACAUUUAAAGGUCGCCUUCCCGUAUAUAUAUUUCUAAGGAAUUUCACAAGCAGUGCAAAACGAUUUUAUCAAAAUAAUUAGUUUAAAGUUGGGAAUUUACUUCGGGGGAAGUACCCAGAAAAACGAUCAGUACAUAAAAACCCGAAGGUAUGCGCUGUCUUAAAUGAAGCUGGAGGUUUUCGAGAUGUCCGACAGGGAAUCAACAGGUGCAGUAUCCAACUUGCCUAUCUUUUCCUGUAUAACCUACUACAGUUCUGUGGGCACACUUGGAUAUUUGCAAACAUGAUGGCCCGGUUCCUUUCAUUCGGGGAAGAUGCCUUGGCUGACACCUUUUACUCGGUGGGCGUUGUGGUGAGCCUGUGCCAGCUAAUGUCAGUACUAGAGCUGUUCCACAUUGCGGAUGAAAUUGAGAAAGCAGGGCUCCUACCACGGUUUAUACAAGUAAUGGAGAGGAAUUUUGUUUUGUUUGUGGUGAUCAUUAGCCAAGAGGAAGUUCAAAGUAAAUCUAUAGUGUGCAUACAGUUUUUCCUGUGGAACACUCUAGACCUUUUAAGGUACCCUCAUGGACUCCUGGCACUCUUCAGCACCCCUUCCUUUAGCAUGCUGUGGGUACGCCAUACCCUGUGGAUCCCGCUCUACCCCCUCUCUGUGAUUGCAGAAGGACUGACUGUGUACCAGGCCCUGCCCUACUUUGAGUCCCUGGAGACGUUUUCCUUCCCUUACAUUCUACUGGGCUACUUCCCUCUGCUCGCCAUCGGUGCCUGUUUCACUAUGUGGCAGCUGCUGGGAGAGAGGAAACAACAGCUGGACAUCUGGAAUAAAAAAACCAAGAGGAAAUAAAGAGACAGUCACACACAUAUGCACACACACACAUAUGCGCGCACGCACACACACACACACACACUGACAUGCACACACACUCUUGGGUCCCACUCAUCGUGAGACAGCAUGUGGAGCAGCUUAUCUGGAAGACACCAGAGGUUGAGUUUAAGGACUAGCCCUGUGUCAACAAAUGCAAUUCCUGCAGCAGCUUGAAACGCACCACAUGUGUGGGAAUUCAUAGCUGGCUUCUUCUGAAUGCUCCCUUCCGGGAACCCAUGGUGGAUUAACGCCUGUUUGGACGAGUCUAGCAUGACAACAAAAAACAUCCCAGUUUUUAUGACUGGAAGAAUCAACCUGCAGGUCACAUGGGGGAUGUCAUGAGUGUAGGAUGUAGGGUACAGUUACCCAGAGCCCCACCAGACACACCAGAAAACAUGCAUGCACACACGCUCACACACACACAUGCACACACACACCAACCACUUGGGGAACAACAUAACACACUGAACAGAUACACAAACGCGGGCUUUGGCUCUGGUGUAUCGAUCCAUAAUCUUUGGAAGCAUGGAAAUGGAAAAGAAAAGAGAAAAAAAAAGAAAAGGAAAAAAAGAACAAAAGCAGGCAACGCCCGCAGAAAUGAGGACCUUGAGCCCUGACCUAUGACAGUGAACUCUGGACACAAAGGGACCUGGAAGGGUUGGAUGUCCAGGCCUGAGUCUGGAUACAAGUGUGCGGGUUGGCAGCAGAUUUCCUGCUCACGCUCCAUGGACCUCACAAUGUAGCUGCGACAUUACUGAAGCAUUACUGGGACGUUGGGGCAAUGUCAUGGGAGCUUUGCGGCAAUGCUAUUGGGACGUUGUGACAGCUUUACUGGGAUGUUAUAAUAACGCUGCGGGAACAUUGCUAGGUCUCGCAUCAGCAGGAUUGCUAUAGUACACGUCAUGCACAAGACAUGCUUUUACACCCCGUUCACACAGCGAGCAACUCGGUUGACCAGUUGCCAGAAGUCCAUUCAUUCUCUAUGUAGUUGAGCAACGGCCAACUGGCUAACUAAGCUACGAAAGUUGCCCGAAAAAUGUUGCCCACGGUUUUACUUUUUUUGUCAACAGUCAAUCAGGCUUCCUAUUUCUUAAACCAAUGAUACCAUUUUGUGAAUUAUUGUUCCACCUGGCUUCACUCAUCUAAAAACUUAAACGCAGCUAAAAUCAUAAAGGAUAGCCAGCAGACUAUAUGGCAAAUAUGUGGCUUGUUCUACCAAAAUCAUUCACAUUGACACCAAGACUUAUUGAGUUUUAUACACCACUAGAGAGCUGGCUAUUUAUAGCAUUCUAUAUAUGUCUCUCACUAGCUAGCCAGAUAACAUUAGGUAUUGAGAGAGAGAGAUCGCUAGCUAUGUGCCUAACUAGUGAGAGAGAUAUAUAGGGAUCGCUACCAACAUAGCUAGCUAGUGAGAGAGACAGAGAGAUAUAAUAUCCCUAGCUAGCAAGCGAGAUAGCAGUAAUAAUAAUUAUCAGUCUCAUGACAAAACUAUACAUAUUAUUUCUUCAAAAAUAUGUAGCUGCACCACUACAAUGAUACAACAGGAAGCUCUUGCUCCUCCUUCAUCCAAGUAUACUUGGGCAACCUGUCAACCGUGUUGCUUGCAGUGUGAACGUGGGGCUACACUUCCCUAACUGAGGUCUCUCCAACACAGCCAGGGUUAAGAGCAGGAUUAAGGAGCACUGCAGCCUCCACACUACAGAAGAAGAAAUAUUUUUUUUAAAAGGCCUAUGUGCUGCGCUCGUUUCUCACUGCGUGAGGCCCGUACAGAAACAUUCCACAGGAAGAGGAAGUGGCUUUCCUUUUCAGCAGGAUGCGGAGACGUGGGUGUGAGGACACCCACGUCUCAGUCUUUCUCUUUCAUGAGGACAUCCACACAGCCUCCUGUGCAUGCACCUUUUGCAAAGCAUCCUGGGAUAUACAACAGCUCGUAUUGACUUUUUUUAUUGUAGCAUUACUGCUUCAUUAUUCUGUACCAUACAGAACAAUAAAAUAUUGUACUGUAA